AUAAAAGAGUGAUGGCAUCACGGCACACACAGGGUCUCUCUGUCUCCGAGCACAGCUGCGCCAAAGGGCAAAGUUUGGAGGAUGAAUAGCUUACGAAUAGCUUACGAAUAGCUACUACAUGCGCAUGUCCCCUCCGGAGCGCAUCACCAAUAGCCGUAUAUAUUUUUGCAAAACGGAGGCCUUCUUUCCCGGGCCUGAAUGGCGUCUUGUUUCCCGUCUCCCAUCUGUUUGAGGAAACUGAGGCGAGGAAGCCCUUCGAGGGUUGCUACCGAUCUAAUAGGCCUUUAUUUCGUCUCCUUCCAUCUGGCAUCGCAAAGCCCACCCUCCCCGUCGACACAUCUGGGCAGAGACACUGCCAGCCUUGUCGUCGAUCCGAUGCAUUGCAAGAAGAAGCAAAGAUCUGCGUGUGGAUCCCAGUCGGGUGGCCUUUUGCAGUUGGCAGAUCGUAAUUUUGUCAAUGUCUAUCGUUUCCAAAUGCCGGCUGAGACCACCUGCACUGGUUUCUGCCAGAGUCUUUGAAGUUCAAUCUUGAGGUCCUGAGAGCGGCUGAGUUUUUUCCUGCUGUUUUUCACCUGGGAUGGCAACAUUAAUGAUCCAAACCUUUUUCUUUUCCACAACUGUGAUGUCUGGUGUGUUGUGUUCCAGAACUUUGUCAGUCUGGAUUCGGAAGUCCCACAGUAUCUUUGCGUGCUCAUUUUCCAAGACUUUUGCAGGUCUCCCAGCUCGACUCUGCUCUUUCUGAAGCAAAUCCAAUUCUUUCUUCCUUUCCGCACCAAUAACGGUUCCUGGAAAUCCUUUCUUUGCGUCGUAUUCCCGAAUAUAUCUUGACCGCGGUUCGAGAUGUCGUCCUUGAUUUGUUCGGAUACGGUGAGCAGGGUCAGCUCCGUCCUCAAUCGAGACGCAAAACAGUUCGGGAAGAGCUUCAUGUUCGACGGCAAGGAGGAAACCUGUUGGAACUCAGACCAGGGCUCUUCCCAAUGGUUGACGUUGUCCUUUCCGCAAACCGUCCGAGUCUCCCAAAUCGUCGUCCAGUUCCAAGGAGGAUUCGCCAGCCGGAAAUGUACCUUGAAAGGUUUCCGGGACGGAGAAGAGCUUCCCGAGACGGCUGAGUUUUAUCCCGAAGACACCAACUCUCUCCAAACUUUCCCUACGAAGGAAAUGCAGCUGGAAAAACUCAAAAUCGCCUUUGAGAACAGCACGGAUUUUUUCGGACGAAUCAUCAUCUACCGCUUCGAUGUUUUAGGGGAGAAACUUUGAUAAGUUUCCCCCAAAAAACAUUAAAAAGUUAGAAAACAAAA